GCCUCGUCGGGCCGGGAGCCCGCCUCGCCCGCCGCGCGCUUCUCCCCGCGGUCCGCAGUAGAGCAGGCGACGCCGCAGGAGCCGAGCCCGCCGCGAUGGCCGUGCAGGCGGCUCCCCUCCCGCCGCCCCACCCGUUCGCCCCCUUCGGCUUCCCGCCGGCCGACUUCGGGGCGCUGCAGAAAAGCUACGGCGACGGGGGCGCGCUGCUGCUGCUGGAAGGCGGCGGCAGCGACGCCGGGGACUUCCGCGAGGCGACCCGCGAGCUGCUGAGCUUCAUCGACUCCGCGUCCAGCAACAUCAAGCUGGCGCUGGACAAGCCGGUGAAGUCCAAGCGGAAAGUCAACCACCGGAAAUAUCUGCAGAAGCAGAUCAAGCGCUGCACCGCCCUCAUCGGAGCGCCGCCGCCCGCGAACCCGGAGGCGGCCGCGGCCGCCGCCGCCUCCGCCGCCGCCCCCGCUCCGGGCAACGCGACUCCGGCCGCCACUCCGGCCCCUAGCGCCGCGCCCGCGGGCAAGCCGGCGCCGGCGCCGGCGCCAUCUGGCGGCGGCGCGGCGCCCUGCAAGCCCCCGGCCAAGCGGGAGCCCAGCGCGCUGCAGAGCAGAAGCUUGGCGGCGCUUUUCGACUCCCUGCGCGCGCCGCCCUUCGAGCGAGGGGGCGCCGCGGCCGCUGCCGUCGCCGCGGCCGCUGCUCCCGCCAGGCCGGGGGGCGGCAAGGACGCGGGGCCGGGGCCGCCGGCUGCGGGCGCCUGCAAGAAGGUGCCGCUGCGGAACCGCAACCUGCCCCUCUCCUUCUUCACCGAGCCGGCCCCCAGCCGCGCGCCCGGGGCCGCCGUGGCGCCCAGCCCCGCCGGCUUGGAGGAGCCCGGCGGCGGCGGCGGCGGGCCGGGGCUGUCGGUGGCCGAGGAGCUCUUCGACCUGCUGGCCGCCCCCGACUACCGCGGCUUGCUCCCGGAGCCUCCGGAGCCGCCGGCCGUCUUCCAGGGCGCCAGCCUGCAAGCGCCGGAGCUGCCUCUGGAGCCGGCGUUGUACGAGGCGCUGCCGCCGCUGGCGCCCCUGCUGUACGCCGAGCCCCCGUUGCGCGCCCUCCCGGCCCUCUACGCCGCCGCCGCCGCCGCCGCUUCGGACCCAGCGGCGCCCUUCUUUCCCGACUGCCCGCUGCCGCCCCCGGCGAUGCCCUACGAUUACGCCCCGGGCUACAACCGGGGGGCGCCUUAUCCAAGCCUUUAG